CACAUUUCGGUAAGUUUUACUCAUAGCGUCAGUCGUCAAAGCUCUUGCUUUCGAGGUCGCUUCUUCUGCCUAUCUGCCUUCAAGCUUUACAAAGUCUUUUUCGUCGACAAUUCUUCCUGAAUUAGAUUUUUGUCUUCUUUGAAAUCAAAAUCUAUAAUUGAGAUAGAAAAUGGCAAACUUGACUGGUGAUGCUGUGGUUGCUAUGGCCCAGAAGCAGGCUUUCGAUCCCUGGGCUUUACCCGAUUCCUUUACCCUCUAUGCCUACGCACCGGAGGACAUUCGCAGCUUCCUUCAUCCUCAUUGGCAUACCUAUAAGGCUUUGCACCCUGCAUGGUAUUACUUUUUGGGAUUGAUGUACUUAGUCAUCGGUACUUGCGCGGUUGCCGGAAACGCUGUUGUCCUGAAGAUCUUCAGCCGGUUCCCAGCUCUACGAAGCCCAGCAAAUCUCUUGGUGAUGAACUUAGCUGUCUCCGACUUUCUGUUGAUGCUCGCGCUUUUCCCUGAAUGCGUCUACAAUUUCUUCCUUGGAGGACCAUGGCGCUUUGGAGAAAUGGGCUGCCAAAUCCACGCAUUCCUUGGUGCUUGCUUCGGAUACAACCAGAUUUUCACUUUGACCAUGAUCUCUUACGAUCGCUACAAUGUGAUUGUGAAGGGAUUCAGUGGGACUCCACUUACGUUCAACCGUGCUGUAACCAUAAUCACGAUGAGCUGGAUAUGGGCUCUGGGCUGGUCCAUCUGUCCGUUGGUUGGCUGGGGUGCAUACGCCAUGGAUGGUAUCAUGGGAACAUGCUCAUAUGACUACGUUUCGCAAAACAUGAAUAACAAGAGCCAUAUCUUGGCAGCCACGUUUGCUAACUACAUCUUACCUAUUAUCAUAAUUGCUGGAUGCUAUUAUUUCAUCGUUCACGCAGUCUUCAAACACGAAGAAGAAUUGCGUGCACAGGCCAAGAAGAUGAAUGUUGCUUCUCUUCGCAGCAACAACGACCAACAGCAGGUGUCUGCCGAGAUUCGCAUCGCCAAGGUCUCCAUCAUGAACGUUUCCAUGUGGUUGACUGCAUGGACUCCUUUUGCUGUUAUCUGCAUCCUCGGAACAUGGGGUGAUGUGUCCAAGAUUACUCCGCUGGUAUCGGCAAUUCCAGUGAUUCUGGCGAAAACAUCUUGCGCGUACAACCCGCUCAUUUAUGCCAUUUCUCAUCCUAAAUACCGAGAGUGUCUCAAGCAAAUGUUCCCUUGGAUGUGCAUCGUUGAGGAAAAGAAAGCAGCUGCCGAUAAUCAGUCUGUCAUCUCUGACAAGACUGAAAUGACAGAAAUCGUCAAAUGUGAAUCGGCUUAAAUGUAUGAUAAAUGGAUGUUCCUCUUUCCGUUACUGUCUUGGUAAGGUGUAUCGGUUAUCAGACGCCCAUCAGUUUUUUACGACCAUUGCUAUUGAAUUUUGGAUAAGCGAAAACGAAACAAUCUAUAGAUUUUUUUAACGUGCACGUCUCCCCUUCUCUCCGUUUACUUUUUCCAUAUUUUGACUGUUUUAUUGAGUUUACUUUUAUCUUAUUUUCAUUUCAAAUGUUCAAAAUUACUUCUGUUUCAAUACACUAGAAAACAAUA